AAACGCCAGCCGGAACCGCUGCAGUGAGUGUGUUUGGGUGACAGCCGUCGACCGGCCGAACUCCCAGGGACCGAGGGAAUACUUUGCCGCCGCCACUCUCGUCCGUCUUUCAAUGGGUCUUUUAAGGCGGUAACGGACGCGCUCCGGCGGAUUUAGUGGACGCGAACAGCCGCGGGCUUCGUGUCUUCUUCUCGCUCCCGGCGGUGUUCGGAGUGUCGGUCCCCGCGGCUGGCGGCUAGCAUCGGUUACCGCUGCUAACAUGGUGGCCUGUGGGCGACGGGAGGACGGAGCAGCGAGCCCGGCGUGAGGCGUCGGAACCGCGGACACGCCGCCCCCGCUGUUCACGCUUUGAGUUCGCCUUGCCUGUUUCUACCGAACCCGAGCAGCACCGACAGCACCAGAGCAGCGCUAUCCGACCUGGGGGUAAUCGCAGUUUACUUGGCGCCUCCAACUUUUUCCAAAGCUGAGAAAGUUGGAAAAAGGCGCUCACGUCUGGGAACGACCCAGUUUCAGGGGCAGCCUGCUGGAGCCGGUCCGUCCACCACAGCCUCCCUUCACCAUCGCUGCUUAUCUCCUUGUGGAUUAUUAUCAUUCUUAUUAUGGCCUAAUUGGAGCCGCGUCACUCCUGGAGUUUGUGAAGUAACUGCGUUGUUUUUCGGUGGUGCUGGAGAUGAUGACAGAGAAAAGCGAUGGUUUCUCUUGGUUGUGAUUUUGAAUAGAGAGGACUUAAUUACAUGGAGACUCGCCUGACAUGCCGAGGAAGGAGUUGCCACUACCCGAAGGUUGGGAGGAAGCCAGAGACUUUGAUGGCAAAGUCUAUUACAUUGACCACAUUAACCAGUGCACCAGCUGGAUCGACCCCAGAGACAGGCAGACGAAGCCUUUGACUUUUGCCGACUGCAUCGGGGAUGAGCUGCCGGUUGGUUGGGAGGAGGCGUACGAUCCCGUCGUCGGCGCCUACUAUGUCGACCAUAACACCAAGAGCACCCAGCUGGAGGACCCGCGUGCCCAGUGGCAGCGGGAGCAGGAGGCCAUGCUGCGGGACUACCUGUCUGUGGCCCGGGAUGCACUCAGCGCCCAGAAGGAGAUCUACCAGGUGAAGGAGCAGAGGCUGCGUCUGGCGCAGCAGGAGUAUCGGCAGCUCAACGACGCGUGGAGAGACAAGUCCACGUCACAGACGAGCUUAAAUUCCCGAUCAUCCUCUUCAAGCAAGUAUGACCCAGACAUCCUAAAAGCAGAAAUCGCCACAGCCAAAAGCCGGGUGAAUAAACUAAAGCGGGACCUGGCCUGUAUGAAGCAGGAGCUGCAGUACAAAGAACAAGGCUUUGAAACGCUCAAAAAGAUCGACCAGAAGGUGUCCAACAGCCCGUGUGGCUACAAGCUGCAGGAGGCGCAGGCCAUUCUCAGCGAGGUCCGCUCUAUCCGAGAUGCCAUCAGCUCUGGGGAGAAGGAGAAACAGGAGCUCAUGCAGAAACUGGCCGUGUUGAAGGACGGCUUUCAGCUGGACUCAGGCUCUCAGCAGGAGCUGUGGGGCAGUAGUCCUUCGCUCGCCAACUCGGAGCUGUCCAUCCCUCGGCUCUACUCCGACGCUGGCUCGCAAACGGACAUCUCUGCUGAGUUCAUGACUAGCAACAACAAACUGGCAGAGAAGGUUCGUCUGAGUCUGAAGUACGAAGAGGCCAAGAGAAGGAUCGCCACCAUCGAGGUGCAGAUUGCCAAACUGGACAGCGAGGCAUGGCCCGGGCUGCUGGACCCCGAGCGAGACCGGCUCAUCCUCAUCAACGAGAAGGAGGAGCUGCUGAAGGAGCUUCAGUACGUCAGCCCGCGCCAACGCCUGGAGCCCAACGAUGCAGAGAAGCUGGAGUCUGAGAAGAAACGUCUGGAACGGGACCUGCAGGCGGCCAGAGACAACCAGAGCAAGGCCCUGACGGAGAGGCUGCGACUCCACUGCAAGAGGAACAAGCUGGUCAGAGAGCUGGAGGAGAUGGUUCGACUGGCGACGUCGCUACACACGCAACUCAAAAGCUUGUCGGCCAGCACCUUGUCCUGUUCGUCCGGCAGCAGUCGAGGUUCGCUGACAUCCAGCCGAGGCUCACUGGCCACUACGUCUAGCCUGGGCUCCACCUCCUCACUCAGCUUCACCGACAUCUACCUGGAGCAGCCCGAGCUGGCCGACCCGGACUUCCAGAACAAGCUGGACAGCCUCCUGCAGGAGGGCGGCCAGGGAGGCUAUCGCCCCUCCAGCUCCAUCACCACCAUACAUGAACAUGAGGUCGUGACAGGCUGUGCAGGAGGAGACUCUGGGAGGCCUGAUGGCAAAACCGUAGGGGUUAGUGGAGCUGGUGGUGUGGGAGUGGAGUCCGGGUCGGCCCGGGUCCAGGCCCUCAGACUGUCUGAAACGCCUCGCUCUAUGAGCUCCUUGUCCCCGCGGUCGUCCCUGUCCUCGUUGUCUCCACCGUGCUCACCCCUUGUCACAGACACUAGCUUUCUGUCUGGUGAGACGUUUAUGGGCCAGACGGGUUCUGGUGGACUGGACCUUGACCUGGAGCUCCAUAACAGACUAGCUGAGCUGGAACUGAGCCGAGCCACUCAGGAGCAGCAUGGGGGUCCAGGUGGGCUAGAGGAGAAGCAGAACCUCAACACUACACUGAGCGAAGAGGUCAAAGACUCAGCUCCACAGCUGCGGGGAGUGGGAGCAGGUCCAAAGAAGAGCGGUGUGACCUCUGCUGUGUCUGAUGAGUCUGUAGCAGGCGAUAGUGGAGUCUAUGAACCGUCCGAGCGCAGGCCAGGCCUCCCUGCAGACCUCCACCCGGGCUCCUACGAGGAGAGGCUGGCGCCGGGCUGCUCUCAGGUGCAGCUCAGCUUUCGCUACGAGUCCAGAGACCAGCGCUUCACCAUCUACGUCAUGCAGCUGACCAACUGCAGCGCCCUCUGUCUGCUGGCCGACCACAAAAUUCAUGUGCGCGUGGUGGUGCUGCCCUGCCUGGAAGCCUCCUGCUGCCUCUUCCGGACACGCGGCUCCCUGCCUCAGGACGCCGUGGAGGUCAACGAGGUGUUCGGCAUGCAGAUAUCCCACAAUGCUCUGCGGCAGAAGACGUUGAGGGUGGACGUCUGCUGCAGCAGCAAGUUGGGCCACGAGCAGUGCCUGGCAGGAGCUCAGAUCAGUCUGGCUGACAUCAGCUGUUCGGAGGAGAGAUGCACCAAGUGGUACAACCUCCUGAGUCACACCUGCAUGGCUGAGAUCAACCAGGAGAGUGGAGCAGCAGACUCUGAGCAGACUUGUGUGUCAGGCAGCGUCGAGGCUCCUGAGGAAGACUCAUGGCUUGCCGUCCCCCUGGAGGCCAACAUCUAUGCUGAUGCCGACAGCGUCGAGGGGGCGGGGCCUCUCCAGGAGGACGAGGAGUUUUAUCCAGACAGUAGCCAAUGUGAAGCGGAGGAGGAGAAGGCCAGCGAACCCCCUCCUCCUGUAACAGCAGUUAUCACAGAGAAGGUGAACAAGGAGACGAGCAUGGACAACCUGCCGCCGUCCCAUCACUGCUCUGUUGUUCGGCCCAAAGAGCGGCGGCCCGACGUUCGGCAGCAGAACCCUUUUAUGAGAGGGAACACCAUCAUCCGCUCCAAGACCUUCUCCCCGGGGCCUCAGAGCCAGUACAUCUGCCGGAUCAACCGCAGUGACAGCGACAGCUCCACCCUCUCCAAGAAGUCUCCGUUCGUCAGAAAUGCCUCCGAGAGACGCAGCAUGCGCAUGAAGAAGCCUCCGGUGCAGGUGAAAGGCCUGGACGGUUUACUGCGGACCUCCCUGGACCUGGAGUUGGACCUGCAGGUGUCCCGCACGCGGCAGGCGCGGCUGACGCAGGAGCUGCAGGUGCUGCGGGAGCUCAAGGCUCAGCUGGAGAAGGCGCGUCAGCAGGGCCAGAGAGAGCUGCCCGCUUGGGUCCAGGAGGACGAGCGCUUCCGCCUCCUCCUCAAGCAGGCAGAGAAGCAGACUCAGCAGGAGCAGUUGCAGGAGAAACGGGUGGAGAAGAUGAUGAGGGCGGCAGCCAAGGACGUCCACAAGAUCCGGGGCCAGAGCCGCAAGGAGGUCCCUGAGGUUCAGACGUUCAGGGAGAAGAUGGCGUUCUUCACACGGGCCAAGUCCAGCAUCCCCAACCUGCCCGCCGACGACGUGUAGACAUUUCAGAGCUCCCUCCGAGUCUCACCCUGCAGGUCCCUCACACAUGAAGCAAACCUUUUGCGGUGAAAUGAAGAAUUUAUAAAAAUCACAUGUUUAAUGGGGAAAAAAGUUAAAACCAUGAAGAAAUAUUUGAGCUCAGCAUUUCUAACGUGGAUAGUGUUAAUUAGAGCUAGCGCCUCUAGGACUUUUGUAUCAUUAUAUCACUGUGUUUCUGUUACUAACAGGCUGUUUGUAGCUGGUAGGUUUCUAAAAUCAUUCCAGAUCAUAAUCACACAGCUGCACGUGUGCGACGUGUUUCCUACUAGAACCACACAACUGGACAAAAGAAAGCACAAACAGACACAGGUCCUACGGGAACUCGGGCUGAGCCAGCGUCUCCUCCACAGACACUUAAUGAUGCGUUUGUGAAAUCCAGUCAGAGUUUUAAAUGGUUUGUUUAUUGCGUCUCCUCCUCCAGAAGAAUCCACAACCUCCGUGCAUUUGCUUCAUGCUUCAUCAUGUUUGCUGAAGUUUAGGGCACAUCGUUUCUGAUGCAGCCGAUGCACUGGACAGGGUCAAAUUGUCCCGUUUGGUUCCGUCGCGUUGAUGAAGCAGAGAACAGCUCUGAGCUCGGGUUGGUCCGUGUCAUCAGCAGCGUCGCACAAAGCACUGCACCGUCUGUAAGAGAGAAGCCUGGAGCACAGCUCAGCGCCUGGUCCGACGCGCCUCCUCUCAUGUAACUGUAAAGCAGAACGAGUGGUCUCGAUGUCCGUCACCUGUCACACGCACACACUCAGCCAGGUGUAGAAGCAGCACUAACACUCAGGUAGUCGAUCGGAUAGUCUGCACUUUAAGAAACUUGAGAAAAGUGUUUCUAAAAAAAGAGAAAGUUGAUGUUUUUAAAGUAGAGAAGGUGAACUUUGUACUGGAAUGAUUGUUAAAGCAAAUGAUGAUUGUGAACACACACACACACACUCACACACACUGUGAAUCUCUUACUGGUGAACUCCCCUGUUACGAGACGGCCGCUCGUUCAUUGGCUGGUUGAAAUCUUUCCUUUUCUUCCUCUUAUUAUUUUAAUGUUGUUCUUUCACCUCUUUGUUGGAUCAAGUGGAUCUCUGGUUAGUGUGAACUCGCCGCCUUCCCCCUCUCUCACCAGGUUCUAUCUUUUCAUGAUGAUAGUUUACGGAUGGUGAUGGCGUUUAUGUGGUUUGACAUCAUGGACACGUAACCGUUUCCAUAGCAACUUGAUUCAUGAACGGGCUUCAGACCUUGAAGUGGGAGGUUUCUCGUCUUUGUGAGCAGCUGUGGAACUCGCCCUUGGUGGUUCUUAUUCCAUCUCACCUGUGUUGAAGUGUCAGAACCAGUGUGUCCUCCAUCUGGCCCGACUUCCCUUGUUUCCUUGAUGUCCUUUGCCGUCGCUCAGAGGUUCUAAAGCAAAUUCUGUAAGUCUCUGAAUGUUUCCGAACGGUGAAGUUGUGACUGGCUCAUCCAGUGGAGACCGCCUGUAGCGCCCCCUGCUGGAGGAGCAGCGAGUGACGAGCGCUCGCAGGAAGAGGUUUGGAGCUAAUACAGUUGCACAUGGAUGAGCCACGUACAGGUGUGAGGUCACAGAAUGAAGCGGUGUGAGCGGCGGUUCUGCUGAAUGUGAGAAUGUGCCUUUGGACCGUGUGUGGGUUGGUUCAGGUUCUGUCCUACCUCCAUUGUCUGAUCUGGGAGAUGCUGGAAACGUUUGCGUUAAGCGUAAACAUCUAGUUGUGUUUGUGUGUUUUCCUUCUAAAGGUAUAAAGGUUAGAGACGAACGGUACCGACUGUUAAGUCCACUGAGCAAACGGAUGCUCAAACUUGUAACAUCUGGAUGAGUUUUUUUUUUUACUAUGAGUCGCGAUCAGAAUAAAGAAAUGCUUUUAGUCACAAAUGAUUCUUCUUUCAUCAUGUAGGUUGUGAUGUAAUUCUUGUUUCUGAAGUUCAGCUGCAUUUUAUUUCUUGUCUGAUUCUUGUUUUCUUUUUAUUAUUUUAAUGACUGUAUUACGACUGGUGAUGAACCUGG